AUGACCGCAGGAAAAGGAUCUAUUGUCAAAGCAGGAGAAGCCAUGGGGUUCAAACAGUUGUUUGAUGACGAUUCUUCUACCUACACGUAUCUGCUGUGGGAUCCUUCCACGAAGGAUGCCAUUAUCGUAGACCCUGUUGAUAUCCAAGUGGACCGUGACUUGAAGGAGAUUGAAUCUUUGGGAUUAAAUUUGGUUUAUGGUGUCAACACUCAUGCACACGCAGAUCACAUCACAGGCACUGGCCUGCUCAAAACCAAAAUUGAUGGUUUUCAAUCUGUCAUUAGCGAUGCAUCGGGUGCCAAGGCCGACAUCAAAAUUGGACCAGGAGACAAGAUUGUGUUUGGAUCUCGCAGCAUUUCGGUACGAGCCACUCCUGGUCAUACUGAGGGAUGCCUGUCGUAUGUUGCAGACGACGAGUCCUUUGUCUUGACGGGAGAUACCCUGUUGAUUCAAGGUUGUGGGCGUACUGACUUUCAAGGUGGUUCUGCAGAAAAACUCUACAAUUCCGUCCACUCCCAGCUCUUUACAUUGCCAGACGAAACCAUCGUGUAUCCUGCCCAUGACUACAAGGGACGUACAUCCGCCAAAUUGGGUGAUGAGAAGAAAACCAAUCCACGGUUGGGUGAGGGAAAGACAGAGUCAGACUUUGUGGAGAUUAUGAAGAAUCUGAAUCUCUCUUACCCCAAGAAGAUCGACGUGGCUGUCCCUGCCAAUAUGCGCUGUGGGGUGCCUGAUGUGGAGUAG